GUGGCUCAGCUGUUACUCAGCAGUAACAUGGUGACAACACUGUUAGAAGGAGAGCGAGGGAACGAUACCCUGGACCCAUCCUCCACCACCCCCCUCCACCUGGCAGCUAGGAAUGGACACAAAGACAUCAUCAAGUUGCUGCUCAAAGCUGGCAUCGACAUGAACAGAGCCACCAAGGCAGGGACCGCUCUGCACGAGGCUGCCCUCUAUGGGAAGAUGGAAGUAGUGCAACUGCUGCUGGACGCUGGCAUCAACGUGAACAUACGCAACACAUAUAACCAGACAGCUCUGGAUAUUGUUAACCAGUUCACCACCUCUACAGCCAGCAGGGAGAUCAAACAGCUCCUCAGAGAAGCCUCGUGUUGUCUUCAGGUCAGAGCGGUGAAGGACUACUGGAACCUCCACGACCCCACAGCUCUGAACCUGCAGGCCGGAGAUCUGAUCAUG